ACCUACCUAACCUUACUAUCUUAAAACUCACUCUUAAGAACUUGACUUAUAAAGUACACGUAGUCAGUGAUUCAUAAAAGUGCAUUAUCAUAUUCCGAGUAUGGCUAUUCCUAUCCUAUAAUGCAAAUCGCUUGCUUGCUUGCUUGCUUCGCUUUGCUAGGGCUCACGCCCUUGUCUAGAACACCUGAGUGUUGUUGUAUCCGCCUCUUAAUUUUUAGGCUACUAACGAAAACUCCUCGAGAUCGACACGUUAUAGUCACUCCAAACCUCCUGCGCGGUUGGGCAGUCAUGCAGGGCGAGAAAAAAAAAUCGAACUUCCUCUUCUCAAAAACUCUUUAGGGUCCAAAGUGGCCCAUCUAAGUUCCGUCCCUGCGUCUUUCUAGGGCGGACCUAAGGCGGACCUAAAUUUCCGCAACAUGCGCACAUUAAAUCAAUCAGGUAAAGUCUCAGGUUUGCAUCUGAACCACCCCCAUUUAUGCCGCUCCAAGCUGCCCAAUAUAUCACCAAAAAAAAAGAACAAAAAAAACCUUCAAUGUCCAACGCCGGGGAAUGCAGUGACAGGUACCCAACCUAUCCAAACAAUGCCUCCUCAAGGCGUUGAAGAAUAGAAAGCUGUCCCACUCCACCCAGAUGCAUAUUAGGAUAUCGCUUGCCGACAAAAAUAUGCUUGAAAUGAAAUGCGAAUAAGUGUCGUCCGUAAGAAUACCAAAUGGUAUCAUGCGAGGCCAAAAAAAAGAAAGGGUAUUUUGGUAACGGUACAAGGUAUCGAAAGAGAUUCGGAACCAACGUAGCGCCGACUACG